AAGGCAUAACAGAGAGACAGAAAGAAAGAGAGGGUGACAGUGUAGAAGAGAGAGGAAGAAAGCAACGGAGUUGAUACUGACAGGUUGUUAGAUCUGGAAAAUAAAAAGUGGUGCAAAGCAAAUUUUUUCAUCUGGUCCCUGAAUUAAAAGUAAGGCAAGUUUUUUUAAAGUAAGGCUGAUAAAAAGUGAGCAAACAUGGCCAAUUUCGCAGGAACCUGGAAGAUGAAGAGCAGUGAAAAUUUCGAAGAACUCCUCAAAGCGCUUGGGGUGAACGCUAUGCUGAGAAAGGUAGCCUGUGCAGCAGCCUCAAAACCCCAUGUGGAGAUUCGUCAGAAUGGUGAGCAGUUCUACAUCAAAACUUCCACUACUGUUAGGACCACAGAAAUCAAAUUCCAAAUAGGAGAAGAGUUCAACGAGGAGACUGUGGAUGGUCGGAAAUGCAAGAGCGUGGCCACAUGGGAGUCGGAGAACAAAAUAACCUGCAGGCAAACCCUUGUGGAUGGUAACGGCCCUAAAACGUACUGGACAAGAGAGCUGCGAGGGAAUGAGCUCAUCCUGACCUUUGGGGCCGACGAUGUGGUGUGCACACGGAUUUACGUCCAGGAAUGAGCACCAGGAUGAACUGGAUGGAGUGAUAAUCCGGCACUUUCAACUUUAGAAGAAUAACCUUAUUUUGUCAUUAACUUGCACUAUAGUGUGUUAGUUGAUACUUUCUUCUGUUUAAAGACUUACCAUAUUUGUCUACUUAGUGUACUCAUUAGAUUAUAAUUUUUAUGUUUCUUAUUAUGUUAAAAAAUACAGUGUUAGUUAUAUUCAAGAUUAUUUGCCAAACAUUUAGAGCAAUUUACUAAAAUACAACAGUUUACUG